CACACUCGAACACGCUCAGACUCUCUCACACUCGAACACGCUCAGACUCUCUCACACUCGAACACGCUCAGACUCUCUCACACUCUCUCACGCUCAGACUCUCUCAGCUCCAUGAAGGAGCUCCCAGCAGGUGAGGAGAGGACAGAUGUCAUGGAGACGGAUUACCAUGACGACUACAACCCCUCCAACAGCAGAGACGACACAGCCUUCUGGACCAAAGAGGGAGCUCCCAGGUUAGGAGUGCUGCAGCCCUCUAGCCCCCCCCGGUGGAGGAUGUGGGUCCUGCCGUCUGUCUGUGCUGUUCUCCUAUUGGCUCUCAUCAUCUCUGUGUCUGUCAGCAACAUGAAGACAGGUAGGAGGGUUACCUCUGUGGAGAAGACAGUAGCCAACCUGACAUCAGCUGUCCAGAGUCUACACACCUCUCUACACCUGUCUCAGACUGCAGCUGAUGAAACUCAGAAGGAGAUUGGACGGCUUGAGGUUUCCAUGGCAACAGGACAAGUCAAGCUGGAGUCAGUGUUGGAGUCAGUGAAGACUUUGGAUGAGGUGGUGAAUCUCCGUCACAAAGUGGACGGGCUGAAGUGUUCCAUCGACAGAUUCCUGCGGAACGACUCCUCGGUGGAGUGCUGUCCCCUGGACUGGAUCCUGUUCUCCUCCAGGUGUUACCUGCUGUCCCAUGAUGCAUUGGGCUGGAACCAGGCGCGGGACUGGUGUGUGGCCCACCAAUCACAGCUCGCCGUACUGAAGACCCGGGACGAGUGGAGGUUCCUGGGCCAGAGGGCCCACCCCCAGUACUACUGGAUCGGGCUGACAGAUGAGCGCACUGGAACCUGGGAGUGGGUGGACGGAACCCCCUAUACCAUGGACCGCAGUCACUGGCUCCCUAACCAGCCUGAUAACUGGGUUAGCCCUGAGCGUGGCCUGACGGGGACGGAGGACUGUGCCCACCUGCACACCAACGGACGCCUCAACGACAACCACUGCACCAGGCUGCUGAGAUACGUCUGCCAGGGGCACCUUCUGGUCCCUAGCACCUAGCCCCAAUCCCUAGCACCUAGCCCCAGUCCCUAGCACCUAGCCCCAGUCCCU